AUGGACCCCUCAAAAGUCAAAAUCCCUCCAAUGAAAGAUCUGAAUAUCGAAAACAUUACCGAGAACGUCAUCGCCAUAAACUCCCUCUGCGAAGACGCGCGCAUGAGAUAUAUCCUUGAGCGCCUGGUCACCCACCUGCACGACUUCGCCCGCGAAACCCGCCUCAGCACGAACGAAUGGAUGGCCGGCCUCCUCUUCCUCACCGAAGUCGGUAAGAAUUGCAGCGACGUACGCCAGGAAUUCAUCCUCCUCUCCGACGUCCUCGGCCUCUCCCUCCUCGUCGACUCGAUCGACCAUCCCAAGCCUCCCGGCAGCACCGAAGGAACGGUCCUAGGGCCCUUCCACACGCACGAGGCGGAGGAAAUCAGCGCGGGACAGAGCAUGUCGUCUGACCCAAAGGGCGAGCCCCUCCUCGUGGUGUGCACGCUGAAGGAUACCGAGGGGCGGCCGAUCGAGGGGGCGAAGAUUGAUAUUUGGGAGACGGAUUCGUCGGGGAAGUAUGACGUGCAGUAUGCGGAGAGGGAUGGGCCGGAUGGGCGCUGCGUGAUGAGGUCUGAUAAGGAGGGGGUGUUCUGGUUUAAGGCGAUCACGCCGGUGCCGUACCCCAUUCCGCAUGACGGGCCUGUGGGGGAAGUUAAGGAGGGGUUUGAUCAUUUGAUUACUGCGUUGUAUCUUCGAGGGGAUCCGUACGAGACGUCGGAUGCUGUGUUUGGCGUCAAGAACUCUCUCGUGGUGGACAUUGGAAAGGCGGGUCCGGAAUAUGCGCAGAAAUAUGGGGUUCCGGAGGACCACGCGCUGCUCACAUAUGAUUUUGUGCUUGUGCCGGAUGAAGAGACUGCAAGCUUGCGGGCACAUAAUUCAAAGGUUGCGUUGGAUAAGCUGGGACGGAAGGUUAAAAUUGUCAAUGGGCUGCCUAUCCCAGAUCUAGAUUAG